AAUCCUUAAUUUUUUUUUUCUUUUUGCGCUCGCAAAUUUCCCGAUAUCGCUUCCCUUCUAGUGGUGCCCUGGCUUGCAUUCGAUUUCUGCUUCCUCUCAUCGCCUUCGAUUUUUCUUCUUCAAUCAAACUUCAAGGGAGAGAGGCGGCCGGAGAGCGAUGGACUUGGAUACCUGGAUAUCUAAGGUUAAGGAGGGCCAGCAUCUAAUGGAAGACGAACUCCAGCUCCUCUGUGAAUAUGUGAAAGAAAUUCUUAUUGAAGAGUCAAAUGUACAACCUGUCAAUAGCCCUGUAACUGUUUGUGGAGAUAUUCAUGGUCAGUUUCAUGACCUAAUGAAACUCUUUCAAACUGGAGGUCAUGUUCCAGAGACUAAUUACAUCUUUAUGGGUGAUUUUGUUGAUCGAGGAUAUAAUAGUUUGGAAGUCUUCACCAUUUUGUUACUUCUAAAAGCCAGAUAUCCGGCAAAUAUUACCCUUCUGCGUGGGAAUCAUGAAAGCAGGCAACUAACACAGGUCUAUGGUUUUUAUGAUGAGUGCCAGAGAAAAUAUGGGAAUGCUAAUGCAUGGAGAUACUGCACUGAUGUUUUUGACUACCUUACCUUGUCAGCAAUUAUUGAUGGAACGGUGUUGUGUGUCCACGGUGGUUUAUCUCCUGAUAUCAGAACUAUUGAUCAGAUGAGGGUUAUUGAUCGAAAUUGUGAAAUUCCUCACGAGGGUCCAUUUUGUGAUCUCAUGUGGAGUGAUCCUGAGGAGAUAGAGACAUGGGCUGUAAGUCCGCGAGGAGCAGGAUGGCUUUUUGGCUCUCGGGUGACUUCGGAGUUUAAUCAUAUCAACAAUCUCGACCUGGUCUGCCGAGCACAUCAACUUGUCCAGGAAGGUCUGAAGUACAUGUUCCAAGACAAAGGCCUUGUCACUGUCUGGUCUGCACCAAAUUACUGCUAUAGAUGUGGAAAUGUGGCUUCUAUACUUAGUUUCAAUGAGAACAUGGAGAGAGAGGUGAAGUUCUUCACAGAGACAGAGGAGAAUAAUCAGAUGAGGGGACCAAGAACAGGCGUUCCAUACUUCUUGUAGAAGCUGAUUUUUUACAUUUUUAUUCCCCACAAUGCUUGAAUUUUGCAGUUUUUAUGGGUUUAUUUGUGCUGCAUAUUGAUGUUCCAUGCUCAUGGAGGCCAUCAUUGAAAAAGAAGAGGUAUAAUUCAACCUGUGAGCAGAUUAGUGGUUCAAUUAGAGAGAAUUUAAUAUUUCUGAUGAGAAGAAAAAGAUCAUUAUAGUGUCUGCUCUGUUAGCCAUACUGAUAUUUACAAAUGCAGCUGUGUAUUAUAUAUUCAUGUUAGUCUCUUGAUUUUAUCAUUAUUCUUCUGCAAUUAUUGUUGAUUUUG